AUGUCAGAUAAAGCGAAUCGAACGGAAGAAAUAUCUCAUCAGAUACCUCAGCGACCUGAGCCGUCCCAUCAAUCGAAGGCCAGUGGAAGGCUUAAUGGGAAGCCAUCUAUAGGUAGUGCGGUUAUUGACCCGGGUUUAACGGUCAAUAAGUUCUCAAUUGAGAAGCUUUCUGAGGAAAACGCUCGUUAUUGGUUUCAUGCCAUGGAAAGGCAAUUGAAGGUUCAAUUUGCCUGGCAAGCCGUUAAUGGUUUUCAUCAAGUGACAAGGGCGGAAUGGGAUCAACUGAUAGAUUCAGAUCUGGAUUGGAUGAAACUAGACCUAAAGGCAAAUGUCAUUUUAGAGCAUGGUCUGACAGCAGACACGAUUUUAGAGGUUAAAGACCUCGUGUUCGCCGCGGAAAAGUGGGAUCACCUACGGGCUACUUAUCUGAAAUCUUCAGAUGCCAUAAAAGCAAAGCAAUUGCUAAAAUUGGCAAGCUGGCAGCAAAACCCUGAUCAGCCGGCUAGGGAAGCUUUCAGAGAAAUUGAGCGAAUCAAUCAAGUAAUGAUCGAUUUGAAUGGCAGUAAAACGGUCAAUCUUGAUGAUCUAGUGGUGAUAUUUUUCCUUCGUGGUUUGCAUGCGAACUAUUCGGGCUUAAGAACCACUUUGGUUGACUCGAAUACUAAAUUGACGAAGAGUUUUGUCCUAGACUGGGCUAAUGACUUUGACAACAUGCCCGGAAGAUUUGAAAAGAAAUCAGAGAAGGGAUCCCGUGCCCAAGAAAAGAAGAAAAGUGUGAAAUGCUUCCACUGCAAGAAAACCGGUCAUUAUGCGAGCAAAUGCCCAAGAAAACAGGACAGCAGUGACAGUGAUCAUAGUGAUCAUAGCACUGAAAGAAAGAAGGGCAAGAACCGCAGGAACGACCGGAAGAAGAAAUUAAAGCAAAAAGACAGACUUGUUGCAGAGGAUCGGGAGAAGCUAAAUGAUUCAGACCAGAAUAAUUAUUACGGCGCGCGAGUUAUUUAUACUGACAGAAAUAUGCGACUCACUGAUCAGACUUAUUCGGAAGAGGUUAUAUCAGAAUCAGUCUAUCAGAAACUGCAGGAGAGGACUGUGUUUGUCAGGGAAGGCGCUUGCCGAGCUUCAGUAAAUCAAGAUUGGUGUUUUGAUAGUGGAGCUACAUGUCAUACAACGGGUCAGCGAGAAAUUUUUGAAUAUCUCGAUCCUACGCGAAAGGGGGCCCUUACCGUGGCAAGCGGUACGCAACUGUCUAUUGAAGGGCGAGGAAUUGCAAAGAUUGAGCUGCCGAAUGGCUCAACAGUGCGGUUAGGAGGUGUCAUGUAUGUACCAGGAUUGGCAGGAAAUCUAUUGUCUUUAGAGGCACUUCACACCGCUGAUUUCGAAUCAAGAGGUUCGAAGAGAGGAUAUCAACUUCGGAAAAAUGGCAAGGUUGUUGCCAGAGGGAAAAGGACAGGGAACACGGCAUAUCUUGACUGGGUGAAACAUAUUGAUACUUUAUUUGUCGAUUUAAAACGUUCAAUGUAA